UUAGUAAUUAUGCAUGACGUCGAUACCUUUGGGAAAUUUCAUUGAAAGCUGAAAUAAAAGUAACUUUGACUCCAUUGCUUUUGGGACAUUAUAAAUUUCGGUGACUAUGAAUCAGGGCAUGCAUAUUAUUUUGGUUUCAGGCUUUCAGCUUUCAACAUAAACUAGGAGAUGGCUCGGACCAGUCUUUCUUCUAUAUCAAUACCUUUUCUUAUUCUGCUGAUAAUAGCCUUUACUUUCUUUGCACAGCUAGCUCCAGUUAGUGCAGAUUUGCAAAUGAGAAAAUUGGGUCCCAUGCGAAGUCCACCUCCUCCACCUAAGUUUUUUCUUGGACCUGGUCCAGGUCGAAGCGGAAACGACGCUCCUCCUCCACCUAGAUUACUCCAAUUAGUGCAGGUUUUCCUAUACGUCUAUAAUAGACAGGGUUUACUGAGGAUUUUAAUCAAAAGGCCUUUUUAUCAAUUACUAGUAUUGUCUUUUUAGUGGGUGUUUGACAAUCAUUUAGGACAAACUCAGUGUGUGGAUGUACGUUCUGCGCGCCCCCAAUUGGUGAGUGUGGGUGUGUGGAUGGGCGUUCCAAUUUUUAUUUAUCUAUUGCAUGCCUGUUUUAGGUGGAGAGGGUCUUCAUCUCUCUCUUAUACGGAAAUGGAAAGCUAGCCCAAAAUUGUUCUAAUAA